CUCCAUUCACCCUCCUUCUUCCACAGUCUGAGCACACACGUAUACAACCACCCGCAGUUAGUUUGACUGCCAUCCGCUUGGUGCACCACUGUUCCGUUUAUUUUUCCUAGUGUAAAACAGCUGUAAAUGACAGUGUGGCACUGCAUUGGAGGCUCUGACUUAAAAGGGUUCAUUCAUUUAUACCUGGAUACGGUUGCUCUGAGGACGACAGGGUGGAGACAACAUCAGGACUGAGUCAGACGUAUAGGCACCUAUAGGGUCGACCUCUACUGUUCCAAGUGGAUUCCGACUUGACACAAGCCUGUCCUGUUCUGAGAGGGGAGAGAAGCAGGUGACAUGACUGGAGCUGGGGCUGAGGAUGACAUCCCAUUGGGUGAAAGGAAGACGGUCACAGACUUCUGCUACCUGCUGGACAAGUCCAAACAACUCUUCAAUGGUCUAAGAGAUCUUCCUCAGUACGGGCACAAGCAGUGGCAGUCCUACUUCGGCCGCACCUUUGACGUCUACACCAAGCUUUGGAAGUUUCAGCAGCAGCACAGGCAGGUCCUGGACAAUCGGUAUGGCCUGAAGAGAUGGCAGAUAGGGGAGGUGGCAUCCAAAAUAGGCCAGCUGUACUACCACUACUAUCUUCGUACCUCAGAAACAAGUUACCUGAAUGAGGCCUUCUCGUUCUACUCGGCCAUCCGCCAGCGGUCCUACUACUAUCAGGUCAACAAAGAGGAUAGGCCUGAGUUGGUAGUGAAGAAGCUUCGGUAUUAUGCCCGGUACAUAGUUGUCUGUUUACUUCUGAACAAGAUGGACCUAGUGAAAGUGCUGGUCAAGGAGCUGUCAGAGGAAAUCGAGGACUACACACAGCGUUUCAACACAGAAGAUCAGUUGGAAUGGAAUCUGGUCUUACAGGAGGUGGCAGCUUUUGUGGAGGCAGACCCAGUGGUGGUGCUGAACGAUGAAAAUACUGUGGUCUUCACAUCCAAUCGACUACAGGAGGGGGGCGUGCCUCAGUUGGAACAGGGAAUGGUGGUUGGCCAGCUCACCCUGGCAGAUGCACUAAUCAUUGGCAACUGCAACAACCAGGUCAAGUUCAGUGAGCUAACCAUCGAUAUGUUCCGCAUACUCCAAGCUUUGGAGCGGGAACCAGUCAACCUGGCUACGACGACUUCUAAACCUGGAACAUUGGCCCUUACCCCAUGUCUUCCUUCACAGGAACCCAGCGAGAAGCCAGCCAAGAGAGAAAACCCUCACAAGUACCUGCUGUACAAGCCAACGUUCAGCCAGCUCUACACCUUCUUGUCUGCCUCCUUUAAGGAGUUGCCAGCGAACAGUGUGCUGCUCGUCUAUCUUUCAGCUACUGGAGUCUUCCCUACCGGACGCUUGGAUUAUGAGGGACCAUAUGACUUUGGAGGAGUUCUCACCAACACAAACCGUGAUGUGGUGAACGGGGAGACUGUACAGAAAAGGAACCAAGCCCAAAAAGAGAUGCACUGCCUUCACCCUGGGGACUUGUUCCCUUUCACCCGGAAGCCUCUUUUUGUCAUUGUGGACUCUUCCAACAGCACAGCCUAUAAGAAUUUCACCAAUCUCUUUGGUCAGCCGCUGGUGUGCCUGCUAUCUCCCACAGUCUAUCCAAAGAGCAUGCAAGACCAGUCCCAGCGUGGCAGCCUCUUCACACUCUUCCUUUACUGCCCCCUUCUGGCCUUCCUGUCAGUGUGUGGCCUGAGCAGCCUACGCCAAGGAUUGUGGGAGAAGGCAGAGGAGUUUCUAUACAAGGUGUACCGUGACAUCGGCCAGAUGAUUACACGCUCACAAGCUAUAGACCAAGCUUUUCUACAGUUCUACGGUGAUGAGUUCCUCCGAUUGUUACUGAUCCGCUUUGUGUUCUGCUCGGCUACACUGAGACUGCACAAGCUCUUCCGGGAGUCCAGGAGCUUCCCGGAAUCGUACCCUCAGCUACCCAAACAGGACACGGUGGAGAGCAGCCUCCUGCAGAAGCAUGUUCUGGAGCUGGCUGCCAUGUUGGAUGUGCGGAGCCUCUUUUGGGACGGAACGCUGGACGUGAACUACUGACCUUCAGCUGCCCAGCUAGUCACCACAACUAUACAAACACAGACCAACCACAGACACGCAGACCACCGCUAUACACACUCGCACAAGGGAGAGUCCUCAUCUUUCAGAGGUAAUGAAGUUACUGGUUGAACACACUGCAAUAGUGUCCGUUUCUUUUUAACCCAAGACCCCCUUAUUUUCCCCACCUUAUCUACUUUUUUACCCUAUCGGCUAUAUUUAUUUUGAAUACAUUCAUACAGCUACUUGUGGAAGUCAACUAUGUACAAUGCAAACAUGAACAAGUCACCUAGCUACUUAUAUCCACAUGAGAUGAGCAUGUACUUCCGUGUUGUUACUCAUAAAAAAGCACUCAAAUGAACACAUGGUGCAGCUAUUUUAGUCUGAGGGCGGCAGGAGGACAUAUGAAGCUAUUGAGGGCUUUUACACUUAAAAAGACAGAAAAGAAAUUAACAUAGUUUUGCAACAGCACUGCCUGCAAUGGGUUAUAGAUGGACUGCAAAUGGACUUCAAUGCAAGCUGCAGGGAUGUCUCAUCUUCUGUGCGUGGGUAGAUGUGUUGGCCAAGUUGACUGGAUGUAGGGUUUAGAGUGAGACUACUCUGCAUGUUUGUUUACCCGACUAGAUCUGCUGGUUUUAACACAUAUCUAAUUCUAACGUAAUUGCCUGGAAGUUGCUUUUUUUAGUUUUGUUUCAUUAGUCUGUUCUGUAUAACUGAGGCCUGGAGGGGUAAAGUAACAGAGUGCCUAUGCAGACCCUCAUGAACAGUUUAGCCCUGUUCAGAAACAACCCCUUGCCCCUACCCUCUAGGCACCAGCUCCGACCCUUUAGGUACCAGCUCCUACCCUCUAGGUACUAACAUAGGGUGGCGUAGUCGGCGGCUCUGAAUGAUCUGCAAACAUGUCAGCUCAUUUAGUGCAGUGACUGAGCAAGCGGGUGGUCGCUAAUCUAUUUUCACUGUCUUUUACUCCUUGUAUCAGAGAAAGUUUUCGGACUGUGUUUAACACGGGUAUAUGUUUAAGCACCCUGCAGGUACACAGCUACCCAGCCCCUCACAGGCUAAUCAAAAUAGAUAAAUAGACAUCUCUCCCAAUCUUCUGCUUUUUCAAAGAAAUUACUUCAGAAACCAGGGUAACACUCCUUCUGGGGUGGAUCUUUUAAAAGAUUUUUCUUUGACCUUGAUUGGCAGCAUAUCGUUGGCAGCAUAUCUUUUGAGACAUUGCAGGGUUGGAAAAGGCCUCUUUCUCCAUGCUGUAGCCUAUAUGUUUUGGGGGUUGCAUCCCAUGGCAAUUCUAGUCUUAAGUGUAUCCUCUUCUUUACCGGCUUUCUCCUGACCAGUUCUUUCAGACCAGUGGGGAUGAAGGAAAGUAGGUAAAGGGGGGAGAUUCUGAGAUUCACCCCUCCUGAUUCAAAAACGGUUGGUUUCUGGGAAAUGUAGGACUUUUAGAGGCCCUGUGUCAUUCAUUAUAACUAAGCCCCCAUAAUGGCAUUCCUCUGUCUUACGCAUGAUGGUUUACUGGAGAGAGUUCAUGCUGCUGUUUCUCUCUUUCUUUGCAUGUCUUAUCAGUAUUAUUGUCCAUAGAGUUUACUCUGUCGAGUUCAUGUUAGUCUGAUUGCAGGUCAGUUCCAGCGUUAGCCGUCUAGCGAGUGCUCUGCAUGGCAGCAAGCAUCUUCUAAUUUCCUUUUAUUGAUGGGGGCUUGAAGCAAUGGAACCGGCUAGUGCUGAAACGGACUCCUGGCAACCAGUUUUAAGUAUGUGUGUGGUGAUGAACAAAAAUAGCCAAACAAUUUUGUUUUUUGUAUUUACUGAGAGAGAAAAAAAUGAAUUUCAAAAGUAAGAAAAUCACAAUUUUAAAUGUAUAUUUAUGUAUAAUUGAAAAUAACCGUAUGUGAUACAGAGAGAUGUUUUGUCUUUAGUACGUAUGUCGAAUAGUUAAUUGUAGAAGCUGUGAAAAAUAUAUGCAGUUGGCAUAGCAAUUUAAUGAAUGAACUGCACAUUGUCCCCACCCCCACCCCCCAUCAGUUGUUUUGGUCAAAUUCAGCCAGCAUACAUUCCAAGGAUAUGGAGAGAGUUGGGGAAACUGACACGGUUCUCCCAAUUGUAACAUUGAAACAAACAAAAGUGGACCAUUUCAACAUGGGAAAUACUACUCCCCAUGGCAAUUAUAAUAAUAUUUUGUUUAUUUGUUGACAAUGAUAAUAUGAUUAAUAAUGAUGAUAAAAAACAAUAGUAGCCUUGCACUUUACUGUAUUGAAUUAUGACCUAAUCUUCUUUGUCAUGCUGUUGGUAAAAAGGCAUGCCAGAGACCAUCCAAUCCAUUAUUCCCUACGCCACCCCACGAUCAUUGUAAUACACAUUUAGAUAUUUGAUGUUUUUUGUCAAUGACAGUGGACAAGAACACUGUCCAUAUUUUUUGUAAAAACAUUAAUUGUUGUGAUAUAUGAUAUUAUCUAUGUUCUUUCAUUAGAGCAUGCAUGUCUGUCCAUGUUUGGGAUGGCAGCACAGGGCAUGAUCAUCCAUGCAUGAUCAUCCAGAUCACACAAGACAAGCAGCCUAGCUCACUGGGAAGCACAAACUAGCGCAACAAGCUACACUACCGUAGCUCAUAUUCUCUUCACUUAAGGGACCCACUUUCAUAGAAAUGUAUAUCUACAAAGCCUCUGUGGACUGUUUCAUUCAAACUGCCUUUUGGUUUUAUCCAGUUUAUUUUUUCUUUUCUUUUUCUUCAAGCACAUCAUGGACCCGGCAUCACAAUCCAAUUUUUAAUUGCCUCCAUUUUUAUGGACAACUCCAAUUCCCAUAAGAGUUAUCACUGCCAAUACAAGUUGACUGAUAAACUGUCAGGGGAAGGCCAUGAAGAAUUACUGUCCAGUUGAGCAUAUCACCCAUGUCUUCUUGGACUAUCCCUGAUUCAUGAAUUUACAAACAUGACAAAAUCCUCAAGGGAAGAGGAAAAGCCCAAACACCCAUACUUAACUAAACCUGAUUCACCUGAUUGAUGCAUUGUGACCGUGUCAUAUCAUAACACUGUGAAUUGUAUGCAGUAAAACCAUUUCGGGACACGUUUUCCUGCUUUGUCUUUGGGCCUUUGUUUACAGCCCGUUUUAAUCUCGUGGUGACUUUACUCUCCUCCAUGUAGUGUGUUAUUGUGCAUUGUAGUUAGGAGCAAGAGGGGAACAAAAAGCACUCAUAUUCUUACAGAAAAGUGUCAACGCUUCCUGUGCAAACUUAAGUGAAGCAACCCCUUUACUGUGUAUCCCCAUCCCAAAAUAGGUCUUACUAGUGAGGAUAGUACAGUACAUGUAAAGUACAUAUGAUAUUUAUGCAUAAUGACAAAGCCCUAGACACCAUUUAUUUAUGUUAUAAUACCGGUAAACUUGUAAAUCGUGACAGGAUGUGACUGUCCUCUUUCCCCUGUUGGCAUGUAGUUGAAGCCCUAAUAAGGUGGAACGUUGAGAAACAAAGGAAUGUCCAUUCUAUAAAUUACUUACCUAUUAUUUGAAAGUCAUGUCAAUUCUGUGCAAUAUAUUUCUAUCUGCAAUGCUCUGAACGUUUCGCACCAUUGGAUAAGCCCUAGACGAGUAACACAAUGAUAUGGAACAAAAAUAUAUUUAAAUAUGAACCUAAAUUAAUUUCUUGGGCCUAAAUCUAAAAUGUUACUUUGAGAGUAAGGGUGUUCUUUCUACCGGUUCCUACUGUUGUGGGAGGGAACGAUUUCAAAGUGAGAUAUUGGUCGGAAUACUCUUUCUUUAUAAGUUAAGGGUUUCUAGAGAUGCUAGUUAAACAUUAUUUGGCAUUCUUUUGUUUAUGUCCUUUAAACGGUUCUGUCCCAUUUGUUGCCAAUUAUAUUUGAUGUUAUUGUGAAGUAUGAAGGAAAAACAAGUUGACUAAAAUACCAAAACAUGCAAGCUUUUUUGAAUGCUCUUUAAGAAAAAUUAAAAGUUUGACUGUUUUGUUUCA